GAAAAAAUCGUGCAGUUCAAGAUGGCGGCUGUUUUCAAACUCGCGCGAAGCCGGCUUUUAUCAAUAACUCCCUUUAAAUUUGUGAUACAGUUUCGUUAUAGCUCCUACAUCUCAGCCUUUCCCGGGGAAGUCAAAUCAACUGACGAUCUACAUCAAGGAGAACAGCGAGUCCAGGUUUUACAUCUCAAUUCAUCGGGAAAUGACGACAAAUCAUGGACGGGUAUUGCAUCUAAAGAGUUUCUCAAAACCUAUCUUGAAUUACACCCUGGUCACAAGAUCAGAGAACUCAAUCUUUGGGAUAAAAACUUACUUCAGUACGAUCUGUCUCACGUUGCAAGCAAAAUGAGACUGGUCUCCGGUGAGGAAACUGUUGGAGAUAGAGAAAACUUAGGAGUUGUUGAAAAAAUGAUAAAAACACUAUUUUCAGCGGAUAAACUUGUAGUGUCAAGCCCUAUGUGGAAUUACAGUAUUCCAUAUGUAUUAAAACAAUACAUAGACUGUGUAGUCCAGCCAGGCCUCACAUUCCAUGAGACGGCAAACGGCCCUGAAGGCCUGGUCACUGGCAGGCCCUUACUACUGAUAACGUCAUCAGGCGGAGACUACACUAAACCUAGUAUGAAGCACUUGGACUACCAGGUUCCUUAUCUUCGGGAUAUAUUUGGUCUUAUUGGUUUUACUGAUGUGCGGCAUAUUUAUGUGAAGAAUACAGCCCAUAAACCAAGGAACAGUUUACUGUGGUAUAUACACACUGCUGUUAAAGAAGAGACUGUGAGAUUCUGAAGGUCAAACUAGUUAGGAUGAAAGGCCUUCUAAAAGUUUAUUGGACACAGUUAUGAGGAUUCAAUUAAUCCUCCCAUCUCUGACCUGUACCCAGACUUUCUCUUAGGGGGGGGGGGGGGGGCAAAAUCCGAAAAAAGGACCUAAUUUUACUGGGGGAGGGGGGGGGGGAGUGAGUUUUCUGAUAAAAAUCUGACCACUCCCAAAUGAACAAAAAUGUUUUUUAUGCCUUUGCAUUAUCUCCACAAGAAUUUUAUUGUCAGAUUUGGCCAAGAUACAAGUCUGACUAAUGAAUUAAUGCCAAACCUGAGUGAUCUAGCUUAUGCUUUAUUGUUUUGUCUACAAAUAGCACGUCUAUUGAGAACCGAAAGUGGACUUUCGAUUGUUGUGGGGGGAGGGGUGCGUUUACACCCCCUGCACCCCCCCCCCCUGGGUAUGGGUCUGCAUCUUCAUUAAGCAUGUAUUUCAACAGGGAGAGCCAAUGCCAGGGGAUCGUUUAUGAUGAAAUAUUUCACUGAUUCUUCUCUUAUUGCUAUUACUACAAUAUUUAAUAAUUCUAUUGGUAAAGUGAUCCCAAAAACGUAUUGAUUGAAGAUUAACCAAAAUAAAAAACAUGGGGUAUACAGUAAUGGGGCAUAGCAAAAUGUAUAAUGUGCUAAAGCUAGCCUCACUGUUUUUUGGAAACCAAUUGCUAAAGGUUUUGUUUUAUCCACAAUUUGCAAUAUAAGGUAAAGUUCAUUUUUUAUCCCGAGGGAGGGGGGGAGGAUUUUGACAAAAGUAAUGGAAAAAACUAGUUGCCCCCCUACAAGUGGAACAAAAUUUUCCAUGCCCCCCCCCACCCACCCCUCCAGAAAACCCAAAGAAAGAAGGAGCAAUGGAAGGAACGGCAACAACAAUGUUACAUUAGCUCUGCGUUUCUGUGGAGUUUCAGCAGGAAUAGAAAGUGGCCAUAUUCUUCGCUUGAAACUCCACAGAAACACUUGCUACGCAUUUGAAACUUGGUCAAAUUAUAUAGAAGGGGCACCCAAAGAAAUCAGUGCCUCCCCUUUUUAAAAUCCACACAAUUUCGACGCCCCCCAUUUAGACCUUGGAAAUUUCUGGAGGCCCCCCACAGUAUGCUCACGUCCCCCCCUCGGGAUAAAAAAUGAACUUUCCCUAAACAAAAGGAACAUUUAGUGAUGUGAUGAUUUCGAAAUAAGACGAUUAUUGGAAAGCAAAAGCCGUGUAAUUAGAACAUAGGUGAUAGCCUUAUUGCAAAUGUGCCAUACGCCCUGACUGUCCUGUAGAAAUCUCCAUUCUAGUGACCUUCAUUUCCUUCCUCUGAUGAUUUGCUGCGAGGCGACUAGUUAGGGGCCUUCCUGAGCUGUUUUAGCUUUAAGUCCAACACAUAAAUAUUGUGAUUAAAUGGUCAGGGGAAAGAAA